UGCAAAAAUGCCUCUAUGCAUUCCGCGGAGGACCGAGAGAAUAUCUUGACUGGCCUUUACUCUUCGGUGAUAUUGUGUCAACCUAGAGACGAUCGUUCGUGGACGGCGCGAGGACCUCUCUUAACAGUUGUUGUUACUCUUCGAUGUGGCGACUCACCGGCCUGCCGACGUGGCGAGGCGGAAGAGGAGCCGCCGGCUGGUACCAAAAGGAUCACCAUGUCCCAGUCUGCCCCCUCUGAUGCAGAGAGCCUUCCUGCACCGGAACUGCCCCCACACUCUGACCUCAACUGUGGCCAUGAUGUCCCUGAAGCCCCUGCAGAGUCCGCUGAAGUUCAUCAACCUCCACAGAUCCCCGAGAGUAUCCUGCAGGCCACCGAGGAGGCGAGCGAAGACACCAAAGACAUCCUAACUUCCUCAGAGAGUCAGCCGGAGUCUGAGGGUCAGCUGACAGAAUGUGACCAAUCAGUGAGCCUGGAGCCAGAUGCUACGGAAGAGGAGAAGGAUGGGAAGAGCUCACAUGAGAAGAACGAUCAAGUUUGGGGAGGUUGGGGUUCAUGGGGCAAAUCCCUCCUGAGCAGCGCCACUUCUACAGUGGGUCAUAGUCUGACAUCGGUCAAGGUGAAGGCAGGAGAAGCUCUGCGUCUACACAAGACUUCCGUGGGAGAAGAGGCCAGCGAGGAAGUGGAAGACACAAUGGAGGAGAAGCCAGAGGGAGGAGAGGAAAGCAUCCAGGUGACAGCCCAUGAAGAGUCGACCUCUCCCAACGCUGGCGCCUCCAACAGGGGCGUCUUCUCUGCCAUCUCCAAUGUUAUGCAGAACACGGGUAAAUCUGUGAUCAGUGGUGGGCUAGAUGCUUUGGAGUUCAUCGGAAAAAAGACCAUGACCGUUCUGGCUGAGAGCGAUCCAGGUUUCAAAAAGACCAAGACACUGAUGCAGAAGACCGCCUCGCUCAGUCAGAUGUUGAAGGAAGCGAAGGAGAAGGAGCGAGCACGUCUCAGCAACCAGCUCAUCAGCGCACCGACAGCUCAUUACGGGAUUCUUUUUGAUGACUACCAGGGUUUGUCCCAUCUGGAGGCUCUCGAGAUCCUGUCCAAUGAAAGCGAGGCCAAGGUCCAAGCGUACCUCUCCUCCCUUGAGGAAGAAGAUCUGGAGGAAGUGAAGAAGGAGCUGAUUUUCAUCAAGGACAUCUUCACCAAGAGAGAGGAUGAAAAAGAGGAGACCAGUAAUGAAGAGCAGGCCAUGGGUAACCCACCCGAUGAAGCAAAUGAAGAGUUCAUGAGUGUUCUGACCGAGUUGCUCUUUGAGCUUCAUAUCGCUGCUACACCGGACAAACUCAAUAAGGCUCGGAUGAGCGCACACGAGUGGGUGAGCAAGGUGGAGCGGCCUGUCACUACAGAAACAGUUGGCAAGGAGACGCAGGAGCAGCCUGGAGGAGAGAAAGAGGAGGAGAAAGAGGAGGGAGAUGGAGCGGCUCAUGAGGAGAAGAGGGAGGAUGAGGAGGGAGAGAUAAAGCAGGAGGACGGGCACCAAUCUGUGGAGGCCAUCUACAUGUCGUCAGUGGGCAGUCUGGCAGAAGUGACAGCCCGAAGUAUUGAGCAGCUCCACAAGGUGGCAGAACUCAUCCUACAUGGCCAAGAGCAAGAGCAGGAAAAACCAGCAAGGGAUCAGGCACAUGUCCUCACCAGGUUGACAUGCGCCAUGUGUAAGGAAGUGGAAUGUUUGGCCAGAAAGUUCUCUGACACGCUGCUCCUCGUUGGGUGUCAGAGGAAAGCUGAGGAGCUCACUCCGCUUAUUGACAGUGUGCUGCUGGAGGGCUCCAACAGUACCACCUACAUCCAAAAUGCCUUUCAACUUCUGCUGCCCGUCCUGCAGAUCGCCCACAUCGAGAGCCAACCUUGCAAAACCUGCACAGGUUCAGAUGCACAUGCACAUUAGCGCACACGUUGUACAGAAAGGGUAAAGUAAUUCCACACUAAGUGCUUCUGUCAAUGUUGUCGGAAGCUGUUUAUUUAUGUGUAUAAUACAAAUUUAACAUAAGGGGGCUUUCGUGUGUGGCUGACCCUGUUGAUGUUUGUUUUCGCAAGUGCUUCACACAAAGAUAAUCUCCAAAAAUGCAAAUAUGGGUUGGUGUUUACAAUAUUAUAUAUAUAUAUAUAUAAUACUUGCACUCCAUUUGCCUUGACUGACACAAGAGGAAUGUUUUCCUUUUAAAAUGCCAGUAUUCAUGAUUACUGUAUUUUUGCGUGCGAUAUUAGAUGAUAUCUAACACCUCCAAAUUAUAUGGCCUUGAAGGAAAUGUGUUUCCCCAACGUUCACCCUACUAGGAUCCAAAUAACAUGUAUAGCUAUGAAAUAAAUGCUCUGAGCUUUCGCAA